AAAAAUUGGACCAUCAAUGUUUGAAGGAGAGGCUCUUGGUUUAAAUGUGAUGUAUGCCACCAAAUCAAUUCGUGUCCCAAAGCCGUAUAAGGUUGGACCUUUACCAACUGGUGGCUCCUAUAUUAUCAUGGAAUUUAUCAAGUUUGGAUCUUCCAGGGGAAGUCAGUCGGUUCUAGGAAGAAAUCUUGCUGAAAUGCAUAAAGCUGGGAAGUCGGAGAAGGGCUUUGGGUUUGCUGUUGAUAAUACAAUUGGCAGUACUCCCCAGAUAAACACUUGGUCUUCAGAUUGGAUUGAGUUUUUUGCUGAGCACAGAUUGGGCUAUCAAUUAAAGUUGGCACUGAAGCAAUAUGGGGAUUCCAGUAUGCAUGAAAAAGGUCAGAGGUUGAUAAAGAAUAUGCGACAACUUUUUGAAGGUGUUGUGAUUGAACCGUGCUUACUUCAUGGAGACUUAUGGAGUGGGAACAUCGGUUGUGAUGAGAAUGGUGAUCCCGUUAUAUUAGAUCCAGCAUGUUACUAUGGGCACAAUGAAGCAGAAUUUGGAAUGUCAUGGUGCGCUGGAUUUGGUGGAUCGUUUUAUAAUUCCUAUUUUGAGGUUAUGCCAAAACAACCUGGUUUUGAGAAUAGGAGGGACUUGUACAAGCUGUAUCAUUACCUGAAUCACUAUAAUUUAUUUGGGUCAGGAUAUCGGUCCUCGGCUAUGUCCAUCAUUAAUGGCUACCUGCAGAUGCUAAAAGCUUAGACAUCCUCUAUGAUGUAAAAAAAUCCUCACUCCAUGUAAAUUCUCUUGCAAUCGUUGCAUAUCCCUUGUGGUAAACUUUCACCUUGUUGCCUGUAUACCCGUGUAUUGAACUCUAUUGGCUUGGACAAUGUACAAGUUAGAUAUGAAGCUUCUCACUGUGUUGGGAUGUGAUCUUCAGUCAUAUGGAAGAAGGUAAGUAAAGAUAGGGUUGUUGAAUGGUCGGAACACCUGAAAAGAUCAAAUACAGACCCAGAAAAGCUGGUAGAAUAUCUUAGUUUUGAUCUGAAUUCUGAAUGUAGAUUUCAAACUUGAAUCAUUAAUGCAGGUGCCGAGAUUUGUUUCCGCUUUCA